AUGUCUGACGAAGAACACACCUUUGAAACCGCCGAUGCCGGUACCUCCACCACCUACCCAAUGCAAUGUUCCGCUUUGAGAAAGAGUGGUUUCGUUGUCAUCAAGGGUAGACCAUGUAAGAUUGUCGACAUGUCCACCUCCAAGACCGGUAAGCACGGUCACGCAAAGGUCCACAUGGUCGCCAUUGAUAUCUUCACUGGUAAGAAGUUGGAAGAUUUGUCUCCAUCUACUCACAACAUGGAAGUUCCAGUUGUCAAGAGAAACGAAUACCAAUUGUUGGACAUCGAUGACGGUUUCUUGUCUUUGAUGAACAUGGACGGUGACACCAAGGAUGACGUCAAGGCCCCAGAAGGUGAAUUGGGUGACACCAUGCAAGCCGCUUUCGACGAAGGUAAGGACUUGAUGGUCACUAUCAUCUCCGCCAUGGGUGAAGAAGCCGCCAUCUCCUUCAAGGAAGCUGCUAGAUCCGAUUAA